GCCUGCCUGCCCGAGCGCAGGCCGACAGCUCCAGCUCAGCCGGCGGGUCCGGCCGCCUCCCGCCGGAGCCCGGGGCAGGCAGAGCCCGGGCGGAUGGGCAGAGCGGGGCGGCUGGCGUCCAGGCGGCGGCCCCGGUACGCUCCGCGCGCUCGCGGGCUGUAGCUGGUCCCGGAGGUCCGCGUCUCUGAGCGUCUUGUGCUGGCUGUGCGUGGAGCCCGCUGUGUCCCCCGAGGUGGAGGAAGUACUCAAAGCCAGAUGUCUUAAGGAAUGCUUUUGAAAAGGACAGAGGUGUACAGGAUUAUUACCAUUGAGAAGCAGGUUGACUUUGGAGAAAGCAUGCUCUGAGGAUGUUGUUCGCUUUUGGUUAACGAGAAAAUACAACUAUCGGCGAAGCCUUUAUAUCGCAUUUAAUAUCCUGCAUCAGCCUUUCUGGUGACACUUGGAGCUUCUUGCCGCGUGGAUAUGAGUGACCUGAGGCCGUCACAGGAAGAGAAGCACAAGCUUGGCAGAGCCUCGUCCAAGUCGCAGGGUCCUCCCAGAAUCAUGCAGUCUGAUGAUUAUUUUGCUCGAAAAUUUAAAGCCAUUAAUGGCAACAUGGGACCCACCACUUCUUUAAAUGCCUCAAAUCCCAGUGAGAGUGGUGGCCCAGCUAAUGGUACCCCUGCUGUGCCCAAGAUGGGUGUGAGAGCAAGAGUGUCUGAGUGGCCUCCGAAAAAGGACUGCUCCAAGGAGCUGGCCUGCAAGACCCUGUGGGAAAGCCGGGCUCAGACCACGUACGAAAGUGUCGCCUCUGUGAUGCACAAUGGACAGACCGACCAGAGCCACGGGCAGGCGGAGGGGCAGCUUGGUCUAGAUUUUGUGGAGGCGAAGUACACAAUCGGGGACAUGUUUGUCCACUCGCCUCAAAGAGGCCUUCACCCCAUAAGACAGCGGAGCAAUAGUGACGUCACCAUCAGCGACAUCGACGCUGAAGACGUCUUAGACCAGAACGCAGUGAACCCCAACACCGGGGCCGCGCUCCACCGGGAGUACGGGAGCACAUCUUCCAUCGACCGGCAGGGCCUGUCCGGUGACAGCUUCUUCGCCAUGCUCAGAGGGUACCGCGUCGAGAAUUACGACCACAAAGCCAUGGCCCCGUUUGGCUUCCCGGAGUUCUUCCCCUGCGACGCCGCCGUCUCGCCCAGCCUGCACGCGGCCGCGCAGAUCUCGCGCGGCGAGUUCGUCCGCAUCUCAGGCCUGGACUACGCGGACGGCGCCCUCCUGGCCGGCAGGGACAGGGACAAGCCCUACAAACGCAGGCUCAAGGCGGAGUCCGUGGAGACGUCGCUCUUCCGGAAGCUGCGCACUGUUAAAAGUGAACACGAGACUCUCAAGUUCCCGUCUGACCCGGAAGACGGCCGUCUGGAGCGGGGCAUUCGCCCGUGGCACUGCCAGCGCUGUUUCGCCCAUUACGACGUCCAGAGCAUUUUGUUUAACAUCAAUGAAGCCAUGGCCACGAGGGCCAGCGUGGGGAAGAGGAAGAACAUGACCACCGGGGCCUCUGCAGCGUCCCAGACUCAGGUGCCCGCGGGCCAGCCGGGCAGCUGUGAGUCCCCGCUGGGCAGCAAGGAGGACCUCAACUCCAAAGAGAACCUGGACGCCGACGAGGGCGACGGCAAAAGCAACGACCUGGUGCUCAGCUGCCCGUACUUUAGAAACGAGACCGGCGGGGAGGGGGACAGGCGGAUCGCGCUGUCCAGGGCCAACUCCUCGUCCUUCAGCUCCGGGGAGAGCUGCUCCUUCGAGUCGUCGCUCAGCUCGCACUGCACCAACGCCGGCGUGUCGGUGCUGGAAGUGCCCCGGGAGAACCAGCCGAUUCACCGGGAGAAGGUGAAGCGCUACAUCAUCGAGCACAUCGACCUGGGCGCCUACUAUUACCGCAAGUUCUUCUACGGCAAAGAGCACCAGAACUACUUUGGGAUCGACGAAAACCUGGGUCCCGUGGCAGUGAGCAUCCGGCGGGAGAAGGUGGAGGACGCCAAGGAGAAAGAAGGGUCACAGUUCAACUACCGGGUGGCUUUCAGGACGAGCGAGCUCACAACACUUCGAGGGGCGAUUUUAGAAGAUGCCGUACCCUCCACCGCCCGGCACGGCACGGCGCGGGGCCUGCCUCUCAAGGAGGUCCUGGAGUACGUCAUCCCGGAGCUGAGCACCCAGUGCCUGCGCCAGGCGUCCAGCUCACCCAAGGUCUCGGAGCAGCUGCUCAAGCUCGAUGAGCAAGGGCUGAGCUUUCAGCACAAGGUUGGGAUCCUUUAUUGCAAAGCAGGCCAGAGCACAGAGGAGGAGAUGUACAACAAUGAGACGGCGGGACCGGCGUUUGAAGAAUUCCUUGAUCUUCUGGGCCAGAGAGUCCGGCUGAAAGGAUUCACCAAAUACCGAGCUCAGCUGGAUAAUAAAACUGACUCGACAGGAACGCACUCCCUCUACACCACCUACAAAGACUACGAGCUCAUGUUCCACGUCUCCACCAUGCUGCCGCACAUGCCCAGCAACAGACAGCAGCUCCUGAGGAAACGGCACAUAGGAAACGACAUCGUGACCAUUGUCUUCCAAGAGCCUGGAGCACUUCCUUUUACUCCCAAAAGCAUCCGGUCCCACUUCCAGCAUGUGUUUGUCAUUGUCAAAGUGCAUCAUCCGUGCACGGAGAACGUGUGUUACAGUGUUGGAGUGUCUAGAUCAAAAGAUGUGCCACCGUUUGGUCCACCAAUUCCCAAAGGCGUAACUUUCCCAAAGUCAGCGGUGUUUCGGGACUUCCUUUUAGCCAAAGUAAUUAAUGCAGAAAACGCAGCCCACAAAUCGGAGAAGUUCCGAGCGAUGGCCACGCGGACAAGGCAAGAGUACUUGAAGGAUCUGGCGGAGAACUUUGUCACGACCGCAACCGUGGACGCCUCUGUGAAGUUCAGCUUUAUCACACUGGGCGCAAAGAAAAAGGAGAAAGUCAAGCCGAGGAAGGACGCCCAUCUGUUCAGCGUGGGGGCCAUCAUGUGGCACGUGGUGGCGCGGGACUUUGGCCAGUCGGCGGACAUUGAGUGUCUGCUUGGGGUUUCCAACGAGUUCAUCAUGCUGAUCGAAAAGGACUCCAAGAACGUGGUCUUUAACUGCUCCUGCAGGGACGUCAUUGGGUGGACCUCUGGACUAAUGAGCAUCAAAGUGUUUUACGAAAGAGGAGAGUGUAUCCUUCUGUCCUCGCUGGAUAAUUGUGCUGAAGACAUAAGGGAAAUUGUUCAGCGAUUAGGAAUAGUGACCAGAGGCUGUGAGACCGUGGAAAUGACCCUGCGGAGGAACGGGCUGGGCCAGCUUGGCUUCCACGUGAAUUUUGAAGGAAUCGUUGCCGACGUGGAACCCUUUGGCUUUGCCUGGAAGGCCGGCCUUCGCCAGGGGAGCCGGCUCGUGGAGAUCUGCAAAGUGGCCGUGGCCACUCUGACCCACGAGCAGAUGAUCGACCUGCUCCGGACGUCCGUGACCGUGAAGGUGGUCAUCAUCCAGCCCCACGACGACGGCUCGCCCCGGAGGGGGUGUUCGGAGCUCUGCCGGAUCCCCAUGGUGGAGUACAAACUGGACAGCGAAGGCACCCCCUGCGAGUACAAAACCCCCUUCCGGAGGGACACCACGUGGCACCGGGUGCCCACCCCUGCCCUGCAGCCCUUGUCCAGGGCCUCCCCCGUGCCCGGCACGCCCGACCGGCUGCAGUGCCAGCAGCUGCUCCAGCAGGCCCAGGCCGCCAUCCCUCGCAGCACCUCCUUUGACCGCAAGCUGCCCGACGGCACCAGAAGUUCGCCCAGCAACCAGUCGUCGUCCAGCGACCCCGGGCCCGGCGGGAGCGGACCCUGGAGACCGCCAGUGGGAUGCGACGGGUGCCAGUCUCCCUUGCUGCUCGAGCACCAGGGCCCCGGCCCUUUGGAAUGUGAAGGAGCCAGGGAGCGGGAGGACACCAUGGAAGGAAGCAGACACCCCGAAACCAAAUGGCACGGACCACCCUCCAAAGUCCUGAGUUCCUAUAAAGAAAGAGCCCUGCAGAAAGAUGGAAGUUGCAAAGACUCCCCCAGUAAGCUUUCUCAUAUCGGAGACAAGAGCUGCUCCAGUCCCUCCAGCAGCAACACGCUGUCCAGCAGCGCCUCCAGCAGCAGCGACGACAAGCACUUCGGGUCUGGGGACCUGGCGGACGCCGAGCUGCUGGGCCUGACCUACGUGAAGGGUGCCUCCACCGACAGCGGCAUCGACACGGCCCCCUGCAUGCCCCCCGCGGCCCUGGGCCCCGGGCACCUGGCGGGCAGCAGGCCGAUGAUCCACAGUCGGGCCGAGCAGUGGGCGGACCCCGCCGACGUCUCGGGGCCUGAGGACGAGCAGGCGAAGAUGUUCGCUGUCCACAGCUACGCGCCCGCCAUGUCUGCCAGUGGUGCUGCUGCCGGCAGCAUGGGCGACCUCAGCGAGAUCUCGUCCCAUUCCAGCGGAUCACACCAUUCAGGGAGCCCUUCGCCUCACUGUUCCAAAACUGCUGGCUCUCUGGACUCUUCCAAAGUCUACAUCGUGUCUCAGAGCAGUGGCCCACAGGUCCCCGGGUCCCUGUCCAAGCCCUACCACCGACAAGGGGCAGUGAACAAAUACAUCAUCGGCUGGAAGAAGUCAGAAGGUAGCCCACCGCCUGAGGAGCCCGGAGUGACUGAAUGCCAGGGGCUGUACAGUGAGAUGGAUCUCAUGUCCACAGCAACUCAGCAUCAGACGGUGGUGGGAGACCCAGUCUCAGAAACUCAACAUGUCCUGUCAAAAGAAGACUUUGUGAAAUUGAUGCUUCCUGACAGCCCCUUAGUGGAGGAGGGGAGAAGAAAGUUUUCGUUUUACGGGAACCUGUCCCCACGCCGCUCGCUGUGUCGCACCCUCUCGGACGAGAGUAUAUGCAGCCAUCGCAGGGGCUCCUCCUUCGGCAGUUCCCGAAGUUCGGUUCUGGACCAGGCCCUGCCCGGCGCCGUGCUGUUCAGCACCACGCCGCCCUACCGCAGCGCGCGGCCCCCGCGCACCCACGCGCCCAGCCUCGGCAGCCUGCGAAGUGAGUUCUGGUUCUCCGAUGGGUCCUUGUCGGACAAAUCCAGGUGCACAGACCCUGGCCUGAUGCCCCUUCCGGACGCGGGCACGGGCUUAGAUUGGUCCCACCUCGUGGAUGCUGCGCGGGCAUUUGAAGGUCUUGACUCAGAUGAAGAACUUGCGCUGCUCUGCCACCACACACCCUACCUAGACCAGAGAGUGUCCUCCUUCUGCACCUUGACAGACAUGCAGCACCAACAGGGCUUGGAAGAGGCCCAGGAGUUGCCGUUGUGUGUCGAUCCAGGCAGUGGCAAAGGUUUCCUAGACACAGCUGGGGAGCGGUCGCCAUCAACACUGACUGGCAAAGUCAAUCAGCUGGAGUUGAUUCUUCGACAGCUGCAGACUGACCUUCGGAAGGAGAAGCAGGACAAGGCGGCCCUCCAGGCAGAGGUGUGUCACCUGCGGCAGCACAACCGGCGUCUGCAGGAGGAGUCGCGGGCGGCGUCCGCCCAGCUGCGCAGGUUCACGGAGUGGUUCUUCAGCACCAUUGACAAAAAGCCGUAGCCCGUGUGCCGGCCACCGCGCGAGGGGACCGGGAGGCGCUGUGGAGCUUGUAACUGCUUCCGCCGGGCCCAGUGUCCUGCUGCCCGACCCUGCCCAGCACCGUCACCGCGCAGGAGGGAGGCGACGCCUGUCGGCGGCGCCAACGUGAAGAUGAAUGUAACUCCCGUGUGGAGAUGAAUGUAACGCGGGCGUGGGCCUCGGCCUUCCCUUGGGACUCGCGUCAGCGGUGCUGUGGCCGGGCUUACCUCAGGGGGGGCAGUCGGGUUCUUAACUACGAAUCAGGCGACCUGUAGAGAUGGGAAAGCAAUUGGCCAUAGUUUCGGCUUUGGUAUUGUAAAAUAAACACGAAAACAAGUACUCAGACGUAUACUUUAAUGUUAAAGGUGCUCUAUUUUUUUGGAUGUACAGUAGUUUUCUCUCCAUAGCCACAUUAUCAUAGCAAUAAGAAAGGGGCGUCGUCCGUAGUGGGGGAAGCCGCGUCGGGGAACGUACAGAAGCACUGAUGUGUUUAACACGCGUUCGAAUGCAGUAACUUUAGAGACUUAUUUAUUUGCAGGAGCAAACGGUGCCUGAAUAUUAACAGUGUUCUGAUUUUUUUUAAAAAGCUACAUAUGCCUUGUAAAUGGCUCACUAAGUAGUCACUUCAACCUUAGCUCACUUUUGUAUAGUUAACGCCGUGCUGAAAAAACGUAAACCUGCUUCUUACUCGAACUCUCUCCCGUAUGCUGUAAGCCCGCGGCUCACGUGUACAAUGCCAAAUUGCUCUUUGUACAGAGGCUUUCAUGAAGAGUCUUGUAUUUAACACCCUUAUUUAAGCUUAUUUAACCUUAAAUUGUUAACUUUAUAAAGGAUGGUUUGGCCUGCACCGUUGGAGGAAGGUGUAGGCAACCCCAAGCUCAGACAACACUGGGCUUGCGGGGACGACACGGAGGACCAGGGCGGGGACUCUGAUGACGGAUGCUGCUAGUGACAAGUUGUUUGUAUUGCUUUACCAUUUUUAACUGUUCUAUUUGAGAUGAACGUACAUUUUGCUUUUUUAAUAAAUGUUUAAAAGAGUCCA